UUUGGGUGCUGGAGCCUCGAAAUCUGCUCAGUUUCCGGACACCCAUGGACGUGUUUUGGAUGCCUCAUCUCGCCAUCCUCGUGCUCCUCCACCAAACCAUGAGCGCCAGCGACCCCAAGGAGGUGAUCGGGGUCCUGGGCGGGUCUGUGACCUUCCACAUCCAAAGUGCACAUGGAAGGACAGCACUCUGGUUUUUUGGGAAUGAAGCCAUAGUGUCUGUGGCAUUUAAGAAUCCUCGCCAAGUCAUAUUUCAUAAAGACAAAUUCGAAACCCGUUUUGCCGUUUCUGAGAACGGCCUCGCGCUCACCAUCUCCCAGCUGAGGAUGGAGGAUGCCGGGACCUACUCUGUAACCAUUGGGGAUAAAAGAUCCACCUUCACCCUGCGGGUGUUCGAGGAGCUGGCAGAGCCCACGGUGACCUGCGAGGCCCAGAACUGCUCGGGCGGGAGCUGCAGCUCCUCCCUGCACUGCUCCGCGCCCGGCGCCGGCCUCGGGAACGUCUCCUACACCUGGAGGGUGGGGGAUCGCACGUGGGACGGGAGCUCCGUGGUGCUGCUGGUGAACGAAACAGCCCAGGAGGAGCCGGAGCCGCUGACGUGCACGGCCCAGAACCCCGUCAGCAGCAGGAACGUCACCAUCACCAACCCCGGGGUGCUCUGCGCAGGCGCCCUCUCCAGCAGCCAGGUCGGGCUCAGGAGCGGGUUCUUUGUCUUGGCCGGGAUUUUAGCUGCGGCGUUUUUGUUGAUUUUCUUCAUGCUCUUGUGGAAAUCCAAAGGCUGGGAGAAAUUCCGCCUCCCCCAGUUGAAGCCUGCGGACACAGGGGCCACAAACGACUACGCAACCGUGUACGCCGAGGUGGGGCCUUCCCAGCAGCCUCUUCCCCAGUGUGUCCCUGAUGGAGCCAAAGCCAAACCAGCGGAAGGGGGACCCCCCUCAACCAUUUAUUCCCUGGUCAAGCGUCCAGACCAGGUGGGUGGUGGGACAGCAGAAAAUGCCACCGUGACCGGCCUGGAGCUGGUCUAGAAGGACCCAGAACUGGUCUAAAGAACAAGAGACUGAUUUAAAGGACUGGAAAAGGUUAAAGAACAUGAAACUGGUUUAAAGAACAUGAAACUGGUUUAAAAGACAUGGAGCUGGUUUAAGAACAUGAAACAGGUUUAAAAACCCUGGAAGUAAUUUAAAGAUUUAUUUUAAUGAGUAUAGACCUGGUUUACAAGAAACAGAACUGAUUUAGAAUAAGCUGGAACUGGUUUAAAAACCCUGGAACUGGUUUAAAAGACCUGGAGCUGGUUUAAUAACAUGAAACAGGUUUAAAAAACCUGGAAGUGGUUUAAAGAUUUAUUUUAGUCAGUAUAGACCUGGUUUACAAGAAACAGAACCGAUUUAGAAUAAGCUGGAACUGGUUUAAAAGAUCUGGAACUGGUUUAAAAGAUCUGGAACUGGUUUAAAGGACCUGGAAGUGGUUUAAAGGAUCUGGAAGUGGUUUAAAGGAUCUGGAACUGGUUUAAAGGACCUGGAGCUGGUUUCCAGUGGUCUCCAGUCCCUGGUCAGAGAGGACCCCACAAGGCGGCCCCAGAACAGCUCCAACAUCGCCGAUGCCGCUCCAGAGCUGGACCUCAUGGAUCUCCCCCUCCUGGAAUCUCCCCUUCCCCUUCCCCAUCCCUGCUGCCUCAGUUUCCCUCUCUUUGGGAUUUCAGGGAGGAUUUUGGGGACUUUCUCCAUGGUUUUGGCAGCUCUGUGGGAUUCAGGCUCCUUUUCCCACCCUCUCCCACUGGAAUUCAGCACCAAAACUCUGCCAAAGCUGCCGGGACUCCCAGGCAGGCUGGAGGAGACUCUUCAAAGGGUUUUUCCAUGGGAUCCCAGAAUUCCUGAGGGUGGAAAAGCCCUCCAGGACCGUCAGUCCCAAUCCUGGUAACCUGGACCCACGUCCUGGAGGUUCUUUGGAGACCUCCAGGGAUGGCUCUAAACCAGCGUCUUAUUUUGCACAGAAAACCCAUUUGUUAAAACAGCUAGCUCAGGGAACCUUUGCGAAUUACUGUUUUUCAAAUGGCUAAUUGUAUAAAUAAAAAGUUGCUUUUUGGUAAUUUCA